AUCCCGACGGACGCCCGGCCGCCCUGCAGUCCCCGAGCGCGGGGUUGCGCCGCGGAGCUGGCAGCGGCGCUGGGCCCGAGGCGCAGAGCCCGCCCCUUCGCCCAGCCCCAUCGGUGGGGCUCGCCCCAGAGGGCGGGAGCGGGGAGGGGAGAUGGGGUCCUCACCCCCAGUCCCUCCCCUUUCUCCGCCCGGCCCAAACCAGGAGCCCAGGAGCCGUCCCUGCCCUAGCGCCCUCUUCCCCGCCCAGGCAGACGCGACCCGCGGAGGCAAAGCCAUUGGAAAAAAGCCCCGCCCUCCGCGGGCUACCUCCGGACCCUCGUCCGCGCGCUGCCGCCAACGGCUGCCCGCUGCUACGCAUGCGUCAUGGCGAACGGGGCGCAUGCGUCUUGAACGGCACUUAGUGUGCCGCGGGGGGCGUUUUCCUGUAGCUGGACGUUUGGAGUCUGUGGACUGGGCAAGAAACAAAAGUCAGGAAGAGUUGAAGUGCUGUAACUUUCACAGACAAGGCAAGCACAGGAAAGGGAAAGAUGCAUUUCUGGAAGGAACUUAAUCUAAUGUUAAGGUUAGCCUAAAAAUAGUAACGGUCUCUUUAAUUACGUCAAACCUUUUAUUUGAGGAGAUAGGGCGUCAUUACGUGGACUUCUGGGAAAUGUAGUUUUGGAUGCUGCUGGCGCGUUCUGUUUGCGACAGAAACUACAGCCCCCUGGAGCCGCUGCAACGUUUCCUGUGUCGGCCUGCGAGUCGACGGUUAGCGCUCACGGAGACUGACUGAGAGCAUCGGCUUGAUAAUGGAUUCUGAAUUAAUGCAUAGUAUAGUAGGAAGCUAUAUUAAACCUCCAGAAAGAAUGUUUGCUCCAUCAUUCACCCAGAAUGAUGAAUUAUCUCGGAAUCACCGAUCUGUGAACUUUGAAGUUACCUCUCCUAAAAUGCUUCACAGUCCAAAUAGCCAAGCUCUUAUUUUAGCCUUAAAAACUCUUCAAGAAAAGAUUCACCGUUUAGAGUUAGAAAGAACACAAGCUGAAGAUAACCUGAACAUUCUAUCCAGAGAAGCAGCACAGUAUAAAAAGGCCUUGGAAGAUGAAACAAAUGAGAGAAAUCUGGUACACCAGGAACUGAUAAAGCAGAAAAAAGAUAUAAGUAUACAAUUAAGCUCAGCUCAGGCUCGCUGUACGCUCCUGGAGAAGCAACUGGAAUAUACAAAGAGAAUGGUUCUCAAUGUAGAGCGAGAGAAGAAUAUGAUCCUAGAACAGCAGACCCAGCUUCAAAGGGAAAAAGAACAAGAUCAAAUGAAGCUGCAAGCAAAACUUGACAAGCUUGAUCUCUUAGAAAAAGAAUGUUUUAAACUUACAACAACUCAGAAAACUGCUGAGGACAAGAUUAAACAUUUAGAGGAAAAACUUAAGGAAGAAGAGCACCAGCGUAAGCUAUUUCAAGACAAAGCUUCUGAGCUUCAAACUGGACUUGAAAUCAAUAGAAUUUUAAUGUCUUCAGUAUCAAACCCAAAACUAUCUAAGGAAAAGAAGAAAUCUUCAAAGAAAACUAAAUGUUUAAAAAGAGGACCACCUCAGCAAAUGUAUUCAAAGUUUGGAUCAAUGCCUAUGGUGGCUGAAAAGCCUGCCAGGUCAUGCCAUUCUGUAAAUGCAAGUGUGCAAAACCUCCUGCAGAUGGUGCAACAUUAUGGGCCACAGAUUCUUCAGAAACCUGAAGUUGCUGAGCCUAGAUGUCUCUACAAGCCUACUAGAACAGCUUCCCAGUGUAAAGUGGUACCUCCUGACUCUGAAAAAUCUGUUUCCAUUUGUGACAAUUUGUCUGAACUUUUGAUGGCGAUGCAGGAAGAGCUGGACCAAAUGGGUGUAGAACACCAAGAGCUACUGAAUCAAAUGAAGGAAACUGAAAGCCAUGCAGUCUGUGAAGACAUAGAAUGUGAACUAGAGCAUUUAGUCAAGAAAAUGGAAAUUAAACGAGAACAGAUUUCCAAACUGAUGAAGCAUCAAGACAGUGUUCGUAAACUGCAGCAAAAAGUUCAAAACUCAAAGAUGAGUGAAGCUUCAUGUAUUCAACGAGAAGACAGCAACCCUAAAGGAUUAAAGAACAUAAAAUAUAGCCCCAGAAAAUGUCUGCUAAAUCACUCUCUUCAGAAGAACAGCAACUUUCAUCCAACGCAAGUCCAUAAUCUUCAAAUGAAAUUAAGAAGAGAUGAUAUCAUGUGGGAACAGUAACACUAUAGCAAAACUGUCACCUUAAAUGAACUGUCAAUGAGAUCUUAUAUUGUUAAAAUGGUUUUAACUUAAUAUAUCUUUAUGAAAUUUUGAAUUAUGUUUCUAGCCUCUAUAAAGUGUCAAGUUGUAGUAUCUUUUAAUUAAUGCCUAAUGAUCUAAGAGUCCCAAAUAAUAAAUGAUAUGCUGUUUUGUUUUUCUUAUUGACUGAAAUACUAAUCUCACCAUAUUUUAGAAACAUUGUUCACUUUCAGAUAUCUUAAGCUAAAUCUGAGAAAUUAUACUAGAUUGAUGAUAUUUAAAAUUGAGCUUCAAUUUGAAAUACUAUUUCAAGUACCAUCCCACUUUUUCAUUUAGGCCUGUAACCCUAAGAACCAAUAUAAAAUUAAUAGAGUAUAGAAAGGUUUUGUAACUUUCCUCCCUAUCUUGUUUUAGAGCUGUGACAUAUUUUUCUUUUUUGGAAUGGAAAAGCUUUGUGAAGAAGCCUUUAGCCCAAGUUUCUAUGACAAUUACCAAUAAGAACCCAUAGUUACUCCAAUUUUAGAUGACAACCCAACUGCAAAAGCUUUCCUCAACUAUUCCCAUUCUCCU